AUGACACAAGAUGCAGCUAGCCCCCACGACAACCAGCCGUCCGACUCUUCUCACAGUCUGUCCGGGUCCCCUAAUUCCUCAGAAAGUAGCUCGAGUGAGAGCGGUUCCAGGAAACGCGCUUAUAGCGAGGGCCCGGGCCUGCUGUCUCGAAAGCAGAGCGUAAUGGAAGAUGACAACCCCAGAGAGCGUUUCCACUUGAGAUUUCUCGUCAGGUCUCAAUACUGCUCGCGAAUUCUUGGCCACGGAGCGCGUCGACUUCAGGAGCUCAAGGAACGAGCCGCCCAGCGGAAGAGCUCCCUUGAAGCAUGGAUCUCCCGUCCAGCUAACACCGAGUACCGCGUUAUGCACGCAGUAGGCACUCCGGAGAGCGUAGCAAAAUUUGUCGGGUUGAUCACGCGCGUAAUUUUGGAAGAGCCUGAAGAUGCCAGUAACUCUCACUCCAAGCCUUACACCCUGCUCGUUUUGAUCCCCCAUGCCAUGAUGGGUCGCUUGAUUGGCUCGCGAAUGGCUCAUUUCAAGGAAAUUGAACGCCAAUCAGCCGCUCAUCUUAGUGCCGACCACAAUAAGCUGCCCAAUUCUGAUGACCGUCUGGUUUACAUCGCCGGGGUUGCCGACUCGUUACAUAUCGCUGUUUACCACCUCGGCGUGGCGUAUCUAAGGGAUCCCCAGCGAAAAACUACAUCUACUCCGUUUGAACCGGCACCUGGUGUGGAAAUCGAUAUCCGUGACCCACAGUCUUCCCGAGAACGAACUAUCCCAAAGCGCCCCUCAAUGGGCGAUUUAGCCCCAAGAAGAUCCAACGAUGGCAUGAGAUCGCAAGUAAAAAAGGAGCAGAAAGUCGAAGAGCCCCCAUCAAAGCCACAAGAAAAGCUUCAACUGCCUUUAUUGUCAAAUAAUGUACCACCAGCACUUCUCACUGCUUAUGAGGUGGCACGUGAAUCCCACAAAGAACAGCUUAGGCAGUGUGUGCCAGUUAAAAAUGCUCGCUCGGAAGCUGUUGAGACUCUCAUUGAUAAUAUAAGAAGGGUGACAAAAGUCAAAGUUGAAACUGUUGACGAUGAUACGCUAGCUUUGAGCGGUGCACCUGAGGAAAACACAUUAGCUUUGUACUUAUUGUACAGGUUUUUACGAGACGUGUCGACGUGA